AACACCAGUAUCGACCAGCAGCGUCCCUGCAGAUACGUGUACGAUAAUUUACGAUGAGCGUCGCAAGACACGAUCGACGCGCGACCAAACGCGCAGUAGCGUUGCCCUACGCUCGCCCUGCUACCAGCGCUGCAGCAUCGAAGAAACGCUCUACAUGGGGAAUUGGGACUCUUUUCAGCUGGCUCAGCGGUCGGAGCAGCUCGCAGUCACCGGAGGCCGACGAAGACGGAGAAAACGGUGGCAUGGACUACGACGACGAAGAGCCUAACACACCGUCGCAGGCACCGAAACGAAUAAUCCCGCCUCCUAUACCUGUUCUCAACUCUCCGUCCAACACCAUCACCAAUCAGUUUUUCACACCUCCCGCCGACGCUCCCCUCGGUCAAGGGGUCGGACUGCAACCACCACCCAAACCACCCGUGUCUUUUCAGCGCCCGCAAACGAGCGUACUACCUACCCACCACCAAUAUACAGCGCCUCCGCCUCCGCGACGUCAUGAACCGCCUCCUGUCGCCUCUGGGUCAGGCCAGCAAGCGACGCCCCCGCCAAGACUAAACAGUGCCUCCCCGCGCAAAAACAAUGCUAUUGCUGCCGGCUUCCUCCGAGAGCGCGGUACCAACAUGACCCAAACUGACAUCAACGUGCUCGUCGCCUUGCUGGAACAAAACGAAGAAGAAGAUUCGCGCGAGCCGUUCCACUUUGAGUACACGACGCCAUCGCCGACGCCACUCCGUGGAACGACCCCUGCCGCCCCGCCUGCCGACGCCCCUCAACCAAACGGCGCGGCCUCGGGCUCGACCACGACCACCCCGCGUCGCAUGCUCUCCCGCAACCCGAACGGCGACCUGUUCUGGAACGGCGGCGGCUCCGCCCGCGCCGUUCGCCGGAACCACUUUCAGUCUCCCGGAUUCGGCUCUGGCCGCCCUGCGCCCAGCUCCAUCAAGCUCCAGACCAGGUCGUUGACGACCGAAUCGAAACGGCGGCGCGUCGGCGAGGACGCCGCGAGCUCCACAGCCCGCCCCGCGGAGACGCACGUGGCGAACCCGACCGCGGCGAACGGCCCAACGGGCACGCGGCUCGGACCCGUCGUGAACGGCGCGUUCCCGAUCUCGAAUGCGCCGCCGGGCGUGAACGGCACUCCAGCGAAGGAGACGCAGGCGGCGCGCCUGCGCGCGAACGAGAAGCCGACGGCUCCCAAGUUCUCGUCGCCGCUGCGCCAGGGGUGGACGCCCGGGUCGCCGCCGUCGCCUGCGACACCACCGCAGGCGCGCGAAGUGCGCCCGACGCGUGCGGCCAAUGUGCUUGCGGACCUGAUCAAGGAGGCGACGCCUCCCCAGCGCCGGCCGGAGGUCGUGAACCCGUAUGAGCAGCGCGCGGGGGUGAAGUUGCCAGCGCGGACACAGGCGAAGCGGAAGGCGAAGGCGAAGGCGGCCGCGCAGAGCAAGGCGAAGGCUGCGGCAGCGGCCGAGGAAGAGAAGAAGAGGAAGGAGGAGAAGGCGUUCGAGGAGCUGAGCGCGCAGGAGCUCAUCUCGGCGACGGUGCCGAAGGGCAGUAAAAGGGCGAGACCGCCGCCGAACAUGGUCAAGUCGCAGUCGCAGGGCUCCGCGUCGUCCGAGGGCUCAGAGCCUGCGGGGUUGCGCAGGAGUGCGAGGCUGAAGUCGCCGGAGCCGUCACAGCCUCCUCAGCUACCGCCGAUGCGAAUGCCUGCUGCACUACCGAACGGGCACGGGAACGGUUCGGAGAGGAAGAGGCCGGCGGUGACCAUCGAGGAGGUCAGCGACGACGAGGACGCGUCGCCGAGCAAGAAGCAGAAAAGGGCGCCAUCGCGCUCGAGCAUCGAAGUGGAGGAAGUGGACGAGGCGGAGGUGGCGACUGGCCAGGCGAGCACGAGGCCGGCGGAGGUUGUCGAGCCCGGCGAUCAGGAGAAGGGUCGGGAGAGCAGUCCUCCUGUCUUGGGCAAGCGGGUGAAGGAGCACGGCCCGAGUAAAUUGAGGUAUAGCGUCCCGAUUGAGGAAGAUGAAGAUGAGGAGAAGGAGAAGGAGAGGCAGGCGCAAGAGCAGAAGGAGAAGGAGAGACAGGCUCAGGAACAGAAGGAGAAGGAGAGGCAAGCGCAAGAACAGAAGGAGAAGGAGAGACAAGCGCAAGAGCAGAAGGAGAAGGAGAGGCAAGCGCAGGAACAGAAGGAGAAGGAGAGACAGGCGCAAGAGCAGAAGGAGAAGGAGAGGCAAGCACAGGAACAGAAGGAGAAGGAGAGGCGAGCACAGGAGCAGAAGGAGAAGGAGAGGCGAGCACAGGAGCAGAAGGAGAAGGAGAGGCGAGCUCGAGAACAAAGGGAGAAAGAACUCGAAGCGCAGAAGGAGAAGGAAAAGAAGGCAGCAGAGAAUGCCAAGCCAGCAGUGUCAUCCGCUGAGCUUAUGCCACCGCCUCCCGUUCCAAGAUUCGCGCUUGCGCCUGCAGCAGCCAGAUCGUCGAUCUUCGGCAACGCUCCGUCAGCGCCUUCAACCUCUACAUCCGUUGCCUCAACGUCGACCUCCGUACCGUGGCCCCUCGGCCCCUCGCAUUCGGUCGGUGCCGCGCAAAUGUUACCAAUCGGGCCCACGGUCCCUCCACCUUCCACCGGAUCGAUGCCUGCACCACCGCAGGACCCACGGUCUGCCGCUCGCGAUUCGCCGGUCGUCGCGCUGCCCGUCUUCCGCUUUGAGCUCGCGGAGUCCUCCACCGCCGCUCUGAACGAUUACGAGCGCAAGGCGCGGCAGCUUGCUAAAGACGCGCCUCUCUCGUCGCUCCCGACGUUCGACUGGGACCCAGACUUCCGUCCCUCCAAGCCACCCGGCGGCGGCCCGUCCGGUCCUGGCGACGACUCCACGGACGACCAGCCUCCCAGACCGCCGGCGCCCGCGACGUUCGACUGGGCCGCGGCGGGGCUCGCGCCACCUACAGCGCCGGCGAACGAGUGGACGUGUAGCAUGUGCGCCCUCCCGAACGACAACAGUAGGACGAAGUGCGGCGUCUGUGACUCGGACCGCUGACCCUUCCCCCCGGGUCGGUUGCGGCCCCUGAUGUACAUCGUUCGUUUUUUUUUUGCUCUCGCUCUUGUUUUUUUGUUUUUUUGUCCGCCUCUGCUGCAAAACGCAAAUAGUUGCUGAUUUUUCCCCUGUUCUCUUCUUUUUGUUGUCCUCGAGACGCUGCAUAUUGCUAUCUCUCCGCCGGAAUCGCGAUUGCAGGGCACGAAUGCCUUGCUGUUGUUUUCUUUUUCUUCUUUUCUCUCUUAUCACAAACUUGUACUAUUCUUACCAAUUGCAGUCCAAAGAUCGGCACGGUUGCAUUUCUC